UACAGCAGUGCCGGCAUGAGGUUUAGCAUUUUAGUGGCUGCUCUCUUCUGUCAGAUUCUGCUGCAAGCCCAUGGUUUUGACCAUGAUCACGCCUACAGGACCUGCGAAGGUAAAGUCUACUACGAUUGCUACGACUUCUGCCGCAGGGGCUGCUCCGAAACCAUGGGCAGGUGUGUGCAUCGCUGCCUGAAUGGAUGCGGAUGUGUUGCGGGCUCAAUCAUACGCAACAACGGGGGCUGCAAGAGGGUGAUAAAGUGCACCAGUGAUGAUCAAGACUCUGCUUCGAUGGAAAAUCAAGACUAUUCGGGGCAAUACGUGACAGAUUGGUGGGAGGAGAUGCAGCCUAUGCUUGAAACUGCAUUAAAAAAAGCAGUUCCGGCUUUAUUGGAAGGUACUUCGAAUCGAGGCCGGGCUAAUGAUAUUCCCCCCGGGGAAUCGAUCGAGUGGAGUAGGGAUGUGGAGCCUGUUCUGCUACCUGCCCUCAAUCAGCACCCGGGCUUGGAAAAAAUACUGGAAAAACGACGCUAGAGGAGCACUUGAUGAAGAAAAUAAUCUGAUGAACUAAUAAAAAACAAUCGAAUUUUCUCUAAAAUAAUUAAAAUAUGGGAAUUAUUUUAAUUAUCAAUUCCUUUUAGAAUAAUAUUUGUUGCGCAAGUCAAACGGCUUGAAAAAAUUAUA